GAGAGAGAGAGAGAGAGAGAGAGGGCUGGUUUACCAGACAGUAUUGGUUUAGUAACCGGUGUAUUGUACAGUGUACUGUACAGUGUACUGUACUGAAACUUUAUCUCAGGAAACAGCUUGAUAUUUUAACUUGUCUCCGGUUUUUAUCUGAUUUCCGAGUGUGUUGUUUGUCAUAGUCUGUCAAGCUCAAGUAAUUGCUUUGUUGUUCAAUCGGCCUCGGUGUUAGUUUGACCUAUCCUUUAUUUGAAUGGCACAUUGCUGAUCGUUUGCCCUUUUCUUUAUUCGAAUAGUCCUACCGUAUUUGCAAUUUGUCCCGCAUUAUAUUUAUAUCACAGUUGCCACACUCCCACAACACACUAAAGUCACAUACUGCUAAUACUAACAGUUCACACUAAUAAAGCUGAGUGAAGGACGGCCUCCAGCGCCCACAAAAUGUCUUCAUCCUCUCCCAACAUGGUCAUGUGGCCCCUCUAACUUAACAUGCCAUGUUUUGUCACUGUUUCAAGAGACCAGAAGUUAAGGUCUACAAUCCCAGAGAGGCUACGUUAGAGUAUCUUUACAACAAGGCUAAGCGGAGAAGAUGAAACUGAGCUUCACGUAUUUUAUCUAUAUCAACAGUCAACUACGGACGAACCACCGCGGGAAAGGCGGACAUGUCUACAUUUCGCUGCCACAGUGGGGGACGUGUCCAUGAUAGAAGACCUGCUGAUCUGCAGUGCAGACCCCACCAUCAAGGAGGGCCGAGGACAGACACCUCUCCACUACGCUACCAUGCACAAUAAAACAGAGGGGGUAGUGGAGAUGUUGGUCAAGUACGGAGCUCCAGUGAACCUGCAGGACAUCCACCACAACAGUCCGCUACAUCUGGCAGCCAUGUUUGGGAACCUAGUAGCGGUUCGCGAGCUAGUAAGGUACAAGGUGGACAUGACGGCUAUGAACAGCAGAGGCUUCACACCCAUGGACGUGGCGUGUCUCUACGGUCACAGCAAGGUAGCAGCCCUGUUCCUACAGACUCACAGCAGCGUUCUCCUAACUAUGGGUACAGUAGCUGCUCGACACGACAAGACUCAAACUACUCCUCUACACCUGGCAGCUCGUAAAGGACACACGGACACAUGCUUAAUGCUGCUGAAACACGGGUUUAACGUAAACAGAGAAAGUACGAGCGGUACUGCACUCCACGAAGCAGUCCUUCACGGCCGACUGGAAGUGACCCAGCUGUUGUGUGACCACGGCGCGGACGUUACCAUUAAGAACGUGCACGGACAGACACCAUUACACGUGGCGCAAAAACUCAGUGCUGCUCACUCUGCUGAUAAACUCGCUGCCAUCAUUUUGAAAUAUUCGAACCAAGAAGCGAUGGUGGGACAAGCCAUGGAGGAAUGUAUUCCAGAGCAGCUGACGGAUUUGGACGUGAAACAUGGAGAACUUGUACACAUCAUAGCCAAAAAUUCUGAUGGCAGGUGGCGAUGUUUCGUUGUUCGUAAGCAGGUGCAGAAAGUUGGUCACGUGCCUUGGUUCAAGUUGGAAUUAUUGAGCAGCCUCUGCAAGCCUGCCACCUACAUGAGAGCAUCAUCUCAAGUAUUGUCGGAGAGAAAUAUAUCUCACUAUGGCAGUCUAGUUGGAAGUCUCUACAGUCUAGCCUCUGACUACCCGGCUAUCCCUGGCAACGAGAGACUGCACUCUGUAGCGGUAAAUGGAGUAAGUGUUACGGAACAGACUGCUCGCCUUCUCGCCACGCCCGAUGUUGUCGUGUCUUACGAGGACGCGCAGGCCCAACUCUACGAGUGGCUGAAUAUGAUCGGUCUCGGUCACCAUCUCAGCUCCUUCCUGGAUACUGGAUACGAUUCUCCUGUCCUUCUGGCUGGUAUAACAGAAGCGGAAUUGAAGCACGUGGGUAUAACGGACGCUGAGCAGAGACGCCUACUCAUGAAAUCUGCCAGCUGUCUGCACGAAGACAACUACCUCCUCGUAGCUAACCCAGAAUCUGUUGAAGACUGGCUCGGAGCGCUCGGUCUCUCCACCUACAGUGCCCAGUUCUCCCACGCAGGAUAUGACUAUCUUGGUGAUAUGACCCGGAUGACACCUACACUUCUGAUCAAGGUUGGGGUGACUAAACCUGGUCACAGAACUAAGAUCUUAGCAGCAGGAGUAGGAUUACAAAAGUGGAUCUUGGAACACCCUCUUCCUCCUAGACCUGAAAAACUACGACCUCGCAAACCUGCUAGAUCUAUCUCCAAGAACUCGAACUACUCAUUUGACACGGGAACCCCUCCGCUCUCCGCUGGCCUCCGACUUCAAGACGAACCUAUAUGUAGUUCAUACUGGGAAAGCUAUACGACAGAUGAUAAUUCUCUGCGUGAAGAAUCUGUCGAAGAUCCUUUGCAAACCAGCAACUCUUUCAAUUGCGACAAUGGCGAUAGGAACUUAGCUGACAAAUCUUUCGCCCCGUCUGUGUCGACCAAUCCUUUCGAUACCGAUGAUGAAGAUCUUGCUCUAGAACUCACGUCGACGAUAAAACCAAAGCGUAAAAGCAAGCCCACUGACGAUGGUAUAAGCACCAUUCAGCGGGAACGUAUAUUCACACUCGAACGACGGGCCACAGCCACAUCACCUGAUACACUGUUACGUAAAGCUCCUGCAAUAUCUCCCGUCUCUGAUGAAACGCCCCCGGUCUCACCAGAACCUCCCCUCUCUCCAGAGCGUCCUCUCUCGCCAGGAGAGACCCGCUGGAACAGUGAGGAUAUUCUGGGCAGCAGUGCACACAACGUGUCUUACGCUGGGUCGGGCGCGUCUAACACGAGCAGCGAUAUUAUGGUUCACGCGGAGAAGAGAGGCAGUUCAGAACAUCUGGACCCGAUCAGUCCACCUCCUAAGACAGAGUGUGAGGAGGAGGACAGUCUUCAGGACUGUGUGGAUCUUAUCAGGGAUCCUAGCCCUGCCACCUCUGAUCAUAGCAAGCGCAAUUCGUUGCACAUAUCAUCGCCGCCCUCUCCAAAAGGAUACUACGAGACAGACAUAAUUCCAAUCUCUAAUCCUGAUGAGAAGGACAAAGAAAAUAUUAACGUCAUAAUAAAUCCUGCAAAAGUUUUAAAGAGAUCCGUUACUGAAAGUGCCGUUAUUGGCCGGAAAGAGUCCCCUGAAGAUGAUAUCUGUGCUCUAAUAAUGUCUGGAAUGCGAUACCGAUAUUCGUGUAAGUUGAAGGAGAAACCGCUGACAGUCGAAGAACGAAAACAGUUGUUUUUGAAUAAACUCGACCAAAGAAUGAGUACAUCGGACGCAAUGAAGAACAUUAACUGGGAAAGCAUGAGCCCGGCUGUAGCUGCUGUUGUGAAGUCAGUCUACUGUGAUGAUACUGACGAUAUUGGGGCGUCCCAGCAGGCUGGUAAGAAAGUCCCGCCCCCUGUAGCCCCCAAACCAAAGAAAUACUCCUUCAAGAGGGCCACAUCAGAAGGCCAUAUAACAGUCACCAGGAACCCUGAAUCUCCUUCUCCCCCUAUAAUAACAAACUACGAUUCAAAACCGAUCGAUCCGAUCAUUGAAAAGCCCGCUAUCAUCGAAGCCCCAAUUGCGGAGGAAAAACCUCUGGAAGAAAGUUCAGAAAUCAAACUCGAAACUUCAGACAAGAUUGAAAAGCUGGAUUCACCCCCGCGAGCGACAGGGGCAUCGGUGUUCGACGACUUGGAAAAUAUGUUCGACGAAUUCAGCAAAGAACUGGACAGCUUCCUAACGUAACGCUUGCCCCUUCACGUGACGUCACAAUCUCGCACACGUGACGUCAUGGUUCCUGAUUGAGGCCACUGUGUUAUGUGUAUUUAUAUAUCGCGGUGCUGAGCUUUAUCUUACCGCUUGCGCGAGCAGGUCAAAUGUUGGACCAAUAAAUCGUUAAGAAAUGCAUCGGUCAACAAAUAAGGAAUAAGAAAAAGACUAAAUUGGUUUCCUCAGCCAUUGCCGAUUUGAUCCUGGAGUGUGUUUUGAACUGUGAGAACUUUUAAUUAUGUUAUCUGAACUGAAAACAAAAGCAUGUGCGAUGUGUACAUGCAUAAAUUGAGUAAUUUUUGUAUACUUGUGUAAUAUAAACUGGCUGCUGAUUGCUAAUUGGCAUGCUUUCCAAAAGUUUUUGUUAUGUUUUUUACUGAGUUAAACGGCCGCAUAUUUCUCUUUUUAAUUUUAACUUGGAUAUCGAAAUAUGGAGCUGCUCAGCAAGAGUUUUCGGCAGCCGCACCUGGAAGAUGAUGAUAAUUUUCUGUGCGUUUGUUUAUUAUCGAUAAUUGUUUUUAUCCUUUUUAUUUCCGCAAAUUUGGAAGUUUGGAAGUUCAUUAAGCAAAUAAAAUUGCAUUUGAAGCGAACAGCCCGCAUCUUUAUUUUCGGCUGAUUUAAUGAAGGGCAGCAUCGUUCUGAAUUGAAAUCAUUUGACGAUUUUUUAAAUCAGUUUCCUUAAUAUCAAUAAGCUGAUAAUUUGAUCGUUCUAAAAUUUGUUAAACAUAAACCAUUUGAGUUGUAUUCUUUUCGCAUGCUAAUAUGUAUAGUAUGCUGAUUGCUGUUGUGCCAAAUGUUUAGUUCAGUUUGAUCAUGUCUACUGUGGCCCAUGUAUUGAUUUAAACUUAGAAUUAUACACCGUGUGAGGGGUCGCUUUUUAUAUCUUCUAAAUGUAUUGAGUCAGAAAAAUGAGGAAUUCGUGCUGUGGUUAAAGGUGUUAGCUGAGCUUUAGUAAAUAUUGUUACCGACUAUUUACUGCUGGUGUGAUGACGAUGA